GGAAAUGUCGGCUAAUUAUACAUAUCAAUUUAUGUUUAAAAAAAAAUAACUUAGUUUUUAAUAAUUGCAUUGCUAAAUUUAGCGCUCGAUCGUAUUUUAACUUCCAACUAGGCAGCGCUUUAAUCUAAUCAAACUGAAAAUUUUUUAUGUAAACAACACUAUGUUCACGUUCGUGUGCGUUACGUAAUUUUCUUCUUUUAUUGAUAUUUGUAUUUUAAAUAUUUUUCAUUUAUCGAGUCAUAUACAUAUAUUAAAAUUUAUAAUAAAAUAAAUAAUGAUAUAAAAUGACUCUUUUACCGAUUUUCUGUAAAGAAAGAGAUAAUUAUUUCUUAUAUUCAAUCACAACAGGUUAAUAAUAUAUAUAUUUAAACAUUAAAUUCUUAUAUCAAAUACAUUAUUAAUAAUAAAUAAAUUUCACUCGAUAAUUACACAUAUAAACCUGUUGUAAUUGAAUAUAAGAAACAUCUUUCUAUAUAGAAAAUCUGUUACAGAGUUAUUUUUUCAUCAUUAUUUAUUUUAUUGUAAAUUUUAAUAUUCUCUAGCAAAUUGAGACUUAAUAGAUUUCAGGAAUUAUUAACGUGGCAUAUAAUGAUAGUUUAAAGUUACAAUAUAUAUACUUGUAGAUUAGAAAAGCCUAUCUAAUCUAUAGAAAUGUAGUUCAUCGAUCAUAUGUCAAAUUAAAACAUUGUAUCGCUACGAAUCACGUUCAGCUAAAAUCAACGUGGCAACAAACAAAACAGAAAAGGAUAAUCUUAUCAUAUACUGUAAAUAACAUGUUGAUAUAGAAAUAAAAAUACCACUCAAGCUGUUCAAAGUUUGUGCUGAUCCCGCGUUCCUCGUCAGGGGAACGUUGGCACUCGUUGGUUAAUAGGCGGCGCUGAGAGCUGAGAGUCGAAAGCCCAUCUGCUGCUGGUAUGUGCAGGGUAGCAGGGAUGUCGCUUCGAGGUUUUCAGAGUCGAUGGACCGCGGAGGUUAGGUGAGGGGGUAGCAAGAAGGAGCCUGGAUCGUUGUGGAUCACGGUCAGCCAAGAUGGCGAGUUGUCGUGGGGGCUGAGGGGGCCUGACCAGCGUCUUCUUCGUUCGUCGCAGUAUCUGGGGGUGUUCGCUUCCGUGAAGUGGCGUAUUAUUAUGUCCUCGUACACGUUCUCGCAGAGGCUGUUCACGCCAACGCCGCCGGAGCGCGGCAGCUUCCCGCUGGACCAUGAGGGCCGUUGCAAGAGCACCAUGAUCAGGUAUAUGCGCUGCCUGGCCGAGAAUCGUAGUCAGAAUACGAUGUGCCGCGACAUCGCCAAGGAGUACCUCGGCUGCCGCAUGGAUCAUGAGCUGAUGGCGCGCGAGGACUGGUCCAACCUCGGCUUCACCGAAAACGUCGAGGGCGCCAAAGAAACGUAACGUCAAUAUCGUCGUCUUCGAGAACAAAUAGAGGGGGAAGGGAAGGUCCCAUCCUUAUCGUAAUUGUUGUCGUUCGUUUCGACUGUCCUCUCGAGAGUGCCUGGUGCACUCUCUGGUUACUUGGUGCUCUUGGAACUUUCCGAUGUAAAUAGGAUACGCCGUAACGACAAUUCGGUGAUUUAGUGUGUUCAAACGAGAAUACGCACUGCCAGCCAGGUGCAACAAGGACUUCCUCUAUGUUAGUGUUAUUGAGAAAAAAGUAACAAUAAAAAUUAAAAGAGACCAAGAGAAAGAGAAACUGAAACGAUAUUAAAAAUCCAUGUAUUUACCUUUUAUUUUCAUAUAAGAAAGAUUGUAAAUUAAGUUGUAUCGCUCGUUGGGUCGAGCCUCUUGAGCUUUAAUAUAAAGACAUCCUUGUGUAGCUCGUACAGCUGGAUUGUGUUGCAACCCAAGUGGCCUAAGAGAAGAAAUAUCCCACAAAUAAAAAAGAGUUCUGAUAUUUAUAUCACACGUUGAAAGCUGAGAAGUCUAUCGCGGUUUGUGCAAACUGAUAUAGAGAACGAAAGAUAAACG